ACUUACUGAGUGGAGUUGUCAAUUGUGUUAAAUUUUUAGACAGAAAGUGGUGUACGGUGAUACAAUUUGUUUCUGUGCUAGUUUUUCUGGUUUUUGUGAGAAAGUCGACAUUUGUCAAAAAACAAGUACUAGUUAUCAAACUACAAACUCAGUAGUUUUAGCGUUGGUCUUACAUCGCUUCUUUAACAUAAAUAUGUCUCCAAUUCGUGAGCCUACUGUUGUUGGCGUUGCCAACUUCAAUGCAGCUGAAGAUGCGGCUACAUUGAGAGGUGCCAUGAAGGGUUUAGGUACAGACGAGCAAACAAUCAUUGACAUCUUGACCACUCGUUCAAACAUCCAACGGCAAGCCAUUGCUCAAGCUUUCACACAUGAAUAUGGAAGGGAUAUCAUUGAAGAUCUUAAAUCAGAACUGGGCGGUCAUUUUGAAGAUGUAAUAAUUGCCCUCAUGCUGCCCCCUGCUGAAUACCUCUGCCGCGAACUAAACAACUGCAUGGAUGGCCUGGGGACAGAUGAACAAGUCCUCGUUGAGAUCUUGUGCACGCGCACCAAACCAGAGAUCGCCGAAAUUGUGGAUACUUAUGAGAAACUCUACAACCGACCGUUAGCAGAACACAUGUGCUCAGAAACUUCAGGUGACUUCAGACGUCUCUUGACUCUCAUCGUUACUUCGGUCCGGCAGGGCGCGCGGGACGAGGAGGCGGCGGUGGACGCCGCGCGGGCGGCCGAGGCCGCGCAGCAGCUGUACGACGCGGGGGAGGCCAAGUGGGGCACGGACGAGGAGAUAUUCAACAAGAUCCUAGCGCACGAGAGCUUCGCACAGCUUCGUCUGAUAUUCGAGGAGUACAAGAAUAUAUCGGGUCGCACCAUCGAGCAGGCCAUCAAGGCGGAGAUCGACGGCGAACUGAAAGAGGCGCUUUCCGCUAUCGUGGAGUGCGUUGAGAACGCGCCGGCGUGGUUCGCGCAGAGGCUGCGGAGCGCCAUGCAGGGCGGCGGCACCGACGACAAGGUGCUGGUGCGCGUCGUGGCCACGCGCGCCGAGCUCGACCUCGCCGCCAUCAAGCGCGAGUACGAGCGCCUCUACGACAAGACGCUGGAGAGCGACAUAGCGCAGGGCGAGACCUCCGGCGACUACAAGAGGGCCCUUGUGGCCCUCCUCGGCCCGGCGUAGAAGACGCUCGCAACGAGAAGAGUUUAGAAGAUUUGUGUGCAGCAUCAGUUUAUAGUUUGUGAGAUUAAGGUUCUAAAUGUUGUGUCGCGUUUACUCUUCAGAUUGUAUCUCGAUUUUGAUAUUUUUAUCACUUUGAUAUUAUUAUUGUAUUCUGUAAUUAAUGUUUGAUGCGUAGUGGAAGAAUGUUCUCGAAUAUUUUAUUGCUUUAAGCACAAUAAUUGGUAUAGAGUAAAAAUAAAAUUAUCGAAUACCAACACAGCUUUAGUGUUGUAAUACUUGUUCAUAAAUGUAGAGAAUACGAGUAGGCUUUAUUGAUGUGCCUUUUAAUAUUUAUAUAGUUUUCAAAAUAGAUAAAUAUAUUAAAAUGUUGUUGUACCGAAAUAUUAAGGAAGAAUUUAUUUAAUUAAUGAAAGCAUUCCAAAUUUUUAUUGUCCGAAUGUCCCUCCCAGUGUGACUAAAGCUUUAAUUUAUUAUCGUUUAAAAAAUAAAUAUUUAUUUCCUUUGAA